CUUGAAAGAAACAAAAUUAACAAACUUCGCAAAAAAUCACUCAAAGGCACAGAAAAAUUCUUGCAAGUUUUAAAGCUAAGUGGUAAUCCUUUAAAAUCGAUAGAAAAUGGUACGUUCGCUAAACAUGAAUCAAUAAAACAAUUGUAUUUAGAUGACACCAACUUAGGUGAAAAUAUACAAAAAGCCAGUCUACAUGGUUUAGAAAAAAUAAGACAAAUAGAUUUAUCAUUGAACAAAAUCAGUCUAAUUGAAAACGAAGCUUUCCGAGGUUUAGAGAUUACAUUCCAGUCUAUAGACAUAUCGUCAAACCAAAUUAGCACCAUGUCUAAAUGUAUAUUUGAAAGGUUUCCUCAUUUGAACGGCAUGCGUCUAGGAAACAACCCACUUCAGUGUGACUGUAGAUUGGUCUGGUUAUAUAAUUGGCUUAAGCUUCAUCAUCCCGAUUUCUCCAGAUCUAUGUUAGAUUGGGUCUGUGCUGGUCCAGCACAUAUCAAACAAAAACCUUUCCGUUUACUGCAACUUAAUGAUUUUGGCUGUACUAAUCGAACAGAAAACGAGACGUGC